UAAAGUUUAGCAAACUUCACAUGUUUACAUUUGUGAUGUUGGGACGGAAAUAAAAACGUUUCUCUGGCAUUACUCUGAAACAACACAACAUGUUUAAUGUUACUCUGACUGAGUCAUUACCUCUACUUUAGUUUAUCAACAUGCUUUUUCUCAUUUUGACAAAGACCAAAAUACCAGAAUAAACAUGGAGGCCGCUCUAAAUUGAUACUUUAAGAAAGAUGCUUUGUUAAGGGACAAGAUACAAACUGUAGUCAGUUAAGAACAAAAUAAAUAUUUGAGAGAAAGAGAAGAUAUGCAGCUUGAUCUGAAGCAGUCCUUAUGCAGGACGCAGCCGUCUUGGCUCUGACAGACAAGUGAGAAACACACAUGAAAACACAGUGUCAUGGUAGACAGAUGGCGUGAUUUGACAGAGAUCAGACUUGUUUGCUUGGUCUUUUGGUGCAGUUCUGUGUUUUUUGUUGUUUAUUUAUAACAUAUUACGCUGCCAGAAGAAAUUACGUGGCAGGCGGCGAGGAACAGAGAGUCGGGGGAGGGAAGAAAGGCGAAAUGUUUCUGUAUGCUCAUUCUGCUUUCACACUCGUCUCCGUCAGUGUUUCAGGUUCCUCUGCCUGCUGGCAUGUUCGGCUCUGACUCACUGCAGCUCCGAUGCAUGUUUGUUGGUUUUACAGCGGUUCAAAUGUAGAUGGGGGUAAUUAUUUACACAUAUGGAUCAACAGUUGUGUGACAAACAGAUCGACUCUGCGAUCUUCCCCUCGACCAGAUUCAACCAAAGAGGCAUCAUUUUACUGUUGGUUUGCUGAAAAUAAACACGUGAAAAUGUGUGUUUGUGGGAAGUUGUGCUGUUGAUGUCUGUAACUGUGACAUAGUAAUCCCUAAACAUGCUAAAGCAGAAACAGGGGCCUCAGGCUGGAUGUCUUUUCACUUCACUACUCCUGCGCUGGAUGGGAAAUCAGACUGUCCUUCUUUUCAAACCACUGCUUUCCUUAUGCCUUCAACGCAGAGAGGACAUUUUUGAUUCUGGCUGCGCCGCUUUUAGGCUGCAAACGAUUAAUUUUUAUUAGUUACCUAAUAAGUCCGUUUAAAUCUUUAGUGUUGCAGUUUGGCCGCCAUCCAGCAGAGGGCGCCGCUGAUCAUUUUAAGCGGAGCCGUUGACGAAAGAAACAGAGAUGGCGGCGGGCCGUAGCAUAACCGGCAGACGAUAAACGGUCGAGACGAAAUCCCAGUGACACCGUGGCACCUCGCUGCGUGCAUGAGUGUAAGGGUGUAAGUGUGUGUGUGUGUGUGUGUGAGAGCAAGUGAGCGCCAGCGCUCCCACAUGGCCUCCAUGCAGGACGGGCUGAUCUUCACGGCUCCUCCCUACGGCAAGGUCCUGCUGCUGGGCGCUAUCGCUGCUGCCUCAGCUUUUGUUGUUACCAUCCUUAUUGUGGUGCUCUGCGUGGGCUGCCAGAGGAAGGGGAAGACGCACAAUGUCCCCGGUGAAGGUGGAAAACACCGCCUCAUGGACAUGGGUAUACUCAAGCAGUCAAAGCUGCGGUCCAUCAGUAAAUCUGACACGGAGAUGAACAAGAUGAACUGCAAUGGCAAAAUUGAUUUUUGGGACAUGAACACAAAGCAUCGGGGUAUACACUGCAGGCAGCUUCCCCAGAUCCCCUCUGGGACUGGAGAGGACAGCGAGCACACUUAUUCAGAAGUGGGCCAACGUUCCUCCACUGCACGUACUGACGAUGCCCUCUACGCCAUGGUAGGCAGGGCCGGGCAGACGGACACUCCGGCCCCUCCGGCCGUUCCCGCCAACACCCCGGCGCCCCCGGACCCGGACGGCGAGGUGGAUGGAGCGCUGCCGGAACCAGAGGCCCCGGUCAUGUCUCCCCCACACCCUCCGGAGACGGUGGAGUACGCCUGCGUCAGGAAGCUGAGGAAGGCUGAAAAGGCGCCUCAGAAGAGGGACAGUGGGACGGAUAUGGCAGAGCCGCCUGCUCCACCUCCACGCCACGGGCCGCCAUCGCAUCCUGCCCCCCCGCCGCCUCACCCCCACAGCACAAAGUUGCCUCGUAGAAACAUUGAGGCCUUCAAUGUCCCAUCAUUCCCAAAGGAAGUGAUGUUUAUGGGCAAUGGAGAGCAGUACAUCUGGAAGCCUCCAGAGGAUGAUGACAUGCUGAUGCUCCAGAAUAAAGCGCUGGGUCCACUGGGAGCCCAUUUAGUGGAGAAUAUACAACCGUCUGCCGCAGUGGUGGCGGAGAUGUACUCCAAAGUGUGCAAACCUGGGAAGAAGAAAAGAGCGAUUCCGGGUUCUCCCCCGGCGAACCUCGGCUUCCGGACCUUGGGUCGAGGCGACCGGGACCGAGACGGUGGAUUCAGCGUUGUGGUCAAACCGCAGACAUGGGCCCCUCAAGAGGGCAAAGCGGUCGGGGGCUCCCUGGACGACCACUGCUACGAGUCCAUCGGCACGGAGGACUGCGACCCGGCAUACGACAAUAUGGAAGGUGGGGGCGCCUGGAAGCGCGAGCGGCCUCCGAACACAUGUGCCACGCUGCGGCCGAGGAGGAAGAAAGCCCAGCAGCCCUUGCAGCAGCAGCACCCUCCGCCGCCGCCGCCCACGCAGCAGACGCCCAAGUUGCAACACCUUCCUGCCAAAGCCCUGCUGCUGCCGGGGGAGAAUCUGUACGAGAGCAUCGGCGACCUGAAGCAGGGCUCCGCCACCUCCAGCACCACCACCAUCUUCACCUUCAACGACGGCAUGGAGAUGUACGUUACGGGGCUCUGAGGCAGCGGCUGCACUGUGACCCCCCUCUGAGCUGACACUGCUGGGUCCCAUCAUGCUCACCACACAUACGGUUUACAUUAAAGUCAUGACAUCGGGCCAUUCAUAGGCGCCACCCUACAAAAACACUACAUAUUACCAAGUACUUUGCUCCAGUUUCUAGUGCAAAUAUCUUAGUACACUUGAAAUUAGGCAAAACAAACUUACAAGUAACUUUUCAGCAAGAUAGAGCAGCUUGUUUUAUGGCAAUAAUUCUUUUAAGGUGUCCUGACCUUAUUGACCUAAAACAAGCUGCUACAGCUUUCUGAAAAGUUACUUGUAAGUUAGUUUUUUCUCACUUUAAGUUCAGUAAAAUAUUUGCACUGGAAACGAGAUCAAAAAAAUGUUUGGUAAGAUGUAGUGUUUUUGCAGUGCAGAGGCCUUGGGUGGUAAUGUUGAUCUGUUAUGACCUGGGCUGAAUACAAAGUCCUGUCUGCAAACCUUAAAGGAAUCCAAAGGUAGUGAAUAAUAAAUGAGCACAAGACCAUUGCAGAGUGAUCUGUAGGUAAACAGUAGCACUUCAGUUUUACUGAUACAUCUGUGCAAAGCACAAUGAAGUCAAAAGCCUAAAUUCUUCCUCAAUUCUAGCGGAUAAAAAUAGCCCCAUGUUCGGGCCAAGCUGGACCUCUAAUUGAGGAAAUAUUUUAGUAGCACUUAGUCUGUGGUGAACAAGCCUUCCCUGUAUAUUUGACCAGGAUAUAAAUCAAAUUAAAUAUUAAUCAAAACACUUGAAAGCUCAGGGACCAAGAAGAAAAACAAAUUAUAAAGAGUAUUAUAAUGAAAAAUUGCACAUUUUUGCAUUCCUCCUAAAAGCUUUGACAAAUUGAGACCAUUCUCACCUUAACAGAAAAAAAGAAAGCCAAUCAGAUUCUUCCCUCCAUGAAGUUUCACUCGACACGGACUGGACACUGUCUCCACUGCUGUCUGUAUAUGAAGUGUUUUACUUUGUUGAUCCUGUUCCUGCACUUUGCCUGCUACGAGUUGCAUGCCUAAAAAAAAAAAAAAGCAAAAACAAACAAACAAAAAAAAACAAGCACUGUCAUGUGGUUUCUGUAUAUGAAUGUUUUUAUUUUCUUUUGUAGUUGGUCGUUUACCGUUUUUGUUUAUUUUUUCUGUUUUUACUGUGUUGCUUUAUUUCUCUGUGGAGCUCUAAGCUGGUUUGAUGAAGGAUGUGUUUGGCUUGGCGGUGUUUAGAUGCUCUGCUGCGGCCCAAAUGAAUCCGGGAGAACGGUCCGCGGCCCCCUCAUGCCCCCCACUUCAACACGCCCCUGUCUGCUCAGUCACAUCUGUGGACCAUCCCUGCCUUGUGGUCAUAUGAAUCCGCUUGGGUUUCCAUCAAAGUGCAGCGUGGAGCGCUACAACAGGAACUGACUUGUGUGACCAAAUGUCACGUCUCAUCAUCACUCCAUUGAUGAACACUCUCUCUGUUAUCAGUGUUAAAAUACAUCGCAAAAAAAUAAAGACGUAAACCGAAAGAGCAUCAACCUUCCCCCUUACAAAACCAUAAAUUUACAUCCAAACCCUGAACAAUAACAGCGACUUCACUCAACCAAAUAUCCCCCAACAAACAAUGUGAUUAUACUGUAAUGUUGAUGCAACGUGUAUGUACAUGACAAAAAGAGAAAGAAUAAUAAAUAUAUCAUCAGUGUCAAGAAA